CAGAGCUACCCUUUCUGUUCGGUGUGUGUGUGGGGGGGAGGGGAUCUCCCACGAAACUUUUCCCUUUACGGAAGGCGGGACUGGAACAAUACCCGAUGCAUUGUUUGAACGCGAAGACCUUCGGCGCUUCUUUUUUUUCCCCUUUGGAUGCGCUCCCAUUGCCGCCGCCGCGGUGCUAGCGCUUUGCUUUCGUGUUUACAGCCGCUGCGAGGAAAGAGCCGCCCGGCGGAGCGAGCACAGCCGACAGCCAGAGCAGCCGGGCGGAUUUCACCUUGUUGCUGUUUGUUUCGGGAGAUGUCGCUCCCCCCCGCCCCGGAGGCCGCCCAGCUGCGGGUUGGCUCCGCUGCUGCGUCCGUAGCCGGGCAGAAGCAGAACGCGUUACGUGCGAGAGGUGAUUGAUUUUCUUGUUGUUUUUUUUUUUUUUUUUGGUCGCCCUGAGAAGAGGAGGAAACCGGCGCCAAUCUUGGAGGAGGAGGGAAAUACGACCGGCUGAGCUUUUCCCUACCUCGGGCUGAACGUGAGUUCAGGUGACGCCGCCUCCGGCCUGCGGCUGUUUCACGGCACGGCCGGCUGCAAUCAGUGCCGGAGCCGCUCGCUUUACCUCACGAGGACCCUUCAGCCCCUUCUAUUGACGGGAGAGAUUUGUAUCCAGAGGAAAAUCGGAUUAAUAUAAACUAUGCGGAGCUUGGCGGGGAUAUCUGGAGACUAACCUGUCUGCAUGGCUAAUCUUGAAAUUGUCUGAAAUAAAUCCUCGGCGCAAGGAAGAGCGAGAUACUUUCAAUUAGUAUUUUUUUUUCCCUGUUGGUGCUUUUCUUCCCACCCCUUUACACGAGUUUAACCCUUCCGCUCCGAGGUUUUUGUGGGAGAAUGGGACACAUGCCGGAAGAUUCCCUACGUUUGGUGAAUAUCACAGGGGUAACAGUUGCCGUCAUCCUUGCGGUAUGAAAGGUGCUGUGGGGAUGUGUGCUGCUGGCUGAGAUGGAUCCAUCCUUCUGUGUUGCUGUUAGCAAUGUGCCGAAGGAUCCGGAUUUACUGAAGUACUGACGCCAAUAAACUUGCUCCUUCCCUGUUGAAGGCAUUGGAUAUGACAGCACGGAGAAACAUGUGUUUCACAUUUCUGACUGGUUGUUUCGGUGCAGUCAAUACUUCCACAAGAAACAUUGACUUCGUGGGUAAUUAUAAUACGGUGAGGCACACAGAGUGCUGCUUUCGGGCUGCAUGCAAAGUGAGCACAAAUCAAAGAGCCCUCGGUUCCUGUGAAGUGGGGCUUUCUGUUCCCCCAAAACUCCGGGGCAAAGGCAGCUGGCGAUGUUCCCAGUCCACCAAAGAGAGCCUGGCCUCGGGGUGCCGAGUGAGCGAUGACCAAAGCGCUGUCAGGAGAGGCAGGCAGUCGGAUCGGAUGGGGAUCAGUGAGGCAGCGAUGGUUGGAAGGGAGCUGGAUCGUGAAAUUAUUGCCCGGAGGAAUAGCAGGCGAGACGAAAUGAUGAUGAAGUUAAACUUCUGUUUCUUCUUCUGUCGACGAUGGUGGGCGUUUCUGUUGCUACAGCUCCACAUGUUGCAAGCGCUGGCACAAGAUGAUGUUGCUCCAUACUUCAAGACAGAGCCAGGCUUGCCCCAGAUCCACCUGGAAGGAAAUCGACUCGUCCUUACGUGCCUUGCUGAAGGCAGCUGGCCCUUGGAAUUUAAGUGGUUACACAAUGACAGUGAAAUAACCACCUACUCCAGUGAAUACAAGUACAUCAUUCCAGCUUUGCAGAAGUCUGAUGCUGGCUUUUAUCAAUGCAUUGUGCGAAACAGAAUGGGGGCAUUGCUGCAGAGGAGAUCUGAAGUUCAAGUGGCAUACAUGGGAAAUUUCAUGGACACAAACCAGAAAAAAACAGUGACUGAAGGAGAAGCUGCAGUUCUAAACUUCAUGCAUAUCUUCAGCUAUCCAAGACCACAAGUGACAUGGUUUAGAGAUGGGCACAAGAUCAUUCCUAGCAGCAGAAUAGCCAUAACACUGGAGAAUCAGCUGGUGAUCCUUGCAACGUCAGUGGUGGAUGCAGGAGGCUACUAUGUCCAGGCUGUCAAUGAAAAGAAUGGCGAGAACAAGACAAGCCCACUUAUUCAUCUCAGCAUAGCGAGUGCCACGGACCCAUCUGACACCACGGCUCCCAUCAUCGUCAUCCCUCCGCAGAACACGAGCAUUGUAGCAGGGAGCAGCGAAGUCACAUUGGAAUGUGUAGCCAGUGCAAGACCUGUUGAGAGACUAAGCAUAAUGUGGAAGAGAAAUGGAAUAAAAAUCACCAGUGGAAUUAGCAGUUUUGGGAGACGCCUCACAAUCACCAACCCAACCUCUGCUGAUGUUGGGAUGUACUUCUGCGAAGCAGAACUGAGGGACAGCACAGAGGAACCAGCGAGAGCCAAAGCCUUCAUUUCUCUAAUGGAACCACCAUAUUUUACUGCGGAGCCUGAGAGCGUGAUUUUGGCUGAAGUGGAGAAAGAUGUGGACAUCCUGUGCCAAGCAAUGGGUGUUCCCAUUCCUUCCCUGGUUUGGUACAAGGACUCCGUUCCCCUCAGCAAGCUGCAAAACCCCCGCUAUAAAGUCCUGCUGAGCGGGGGGCUGCGGAUCCACGCGCUGCGUCCUCAGGAUGCAGGGAUCUUCCAGUGCUUUGCCAGCAAUAAAGCUGGGGAGAUACAGACCUACACCUACCUGGAUGUGACCAACAUUAAGCCAGCAUUUAUACAGCCUCCAGAGGACACCACUGUGACUGAAGGGAUGACUGCCAUGCUGACCUGUGAAGUUUCAGGGGCUCCAAAACCUGCCAUCUCGUGGAAGAAAGGAAACCAGAUCUUAGCCAGUGGCUCAGUUCAGAUUCCUCGGUUCAUUCUUCUGGAAUCCGGAGGGCUCCAGAUAACGCCCGUGUUCCUUCAGGAUGCUGGCAAUUAUACUUGCCAUGCAGUCAACUCCGAAGGAGCUCUGAAUGCUUUUGUGAUGCUGACAGUGUGGAAUCGGACUUUCAUUGUUCACCCUCCUGAGAAUAGCACUGUGAUCAAAGGAACUACAGCCACUCUGCGAUGUGAAGCAACUCAUGAUCCUAGAAUUUCAAUCAGGUAUGUUUGGAAGAAGGACAGUGUUGUAAUAAAUCCAUCCAGCAGUUCCAGGAUCACAGUAGAGAAAGAUGGAACCCUCCUCAUCAGCCAGACAUGGUCAGGUGACAUCGGGGACUAUACUUGUGAGGUCAUUUCUUUUGGAGGAAAUGAUUCCCGAAUGGCUCGACUAGAAGUGAUCGAGCUGCCUCAUUCCCCUCAGAAUCUUCUGGCCAUCUUGAAUUCCUCGUACAGCCGCAGUGUGGUGCUUUCCUGGGUGCGUCCUUUUGAUGGAAACAGCCCCGUCCUCUACUACAUGGUCGAGGUCUCUGAGAACAAUUCUCCCUGGAAGGUUCACCUAUCAAAUCUGGACCCGAAGAUGACCAGUGUCACUGUGAGUGGACUCACCCCAGCCCGAACCUACCAGUUCAGGGUGUGUGCAGUUAACCAGGUGGGAAAAGGCCAGUACAGCUCCGAGACCAGCAGGUUGAUGCUACCUGAGGAGCCGCCCAGUGCCCCACCUAAAAACAUCGUGGCCAGUGGGCGCACCAAUCAGUCCAUCAUGGUCCAGUGGCAGCCUCCUCCUGAGAGUGAGCAUAAUGGAGUUCUUCACGGGUACAUCCUAAGGUAUCGUCUGGCUGGCCUCCCUGGAGAAUACCAGUAUAAAAACAUUACCAGUGCAGAAAUUAACUACUGCUUAGUGACAGACCUGAUCAUUUGGACCCAGUAUGAAAUCCAGGUGGCAUCUUACAAUGGAGCUGGGCUGGGAGCCUUCAGCAGACCAGUGACUGAGUACACCCUGCAGGGAGUGCCGACAGCUCCGCCUCAAAAUGUGCAGGUGGAAGCCGUGAACUCCACCACCAUCCAGUUCCUCUGGAGCCCUCCACCCCAGCAGUUCAUCAAUGGUAUUAACCAAGGAUACAAGCUCCUCGCAUGGCCAGUGGAUGCUCCAGGGACUGUGACGGUAGUCACAAUUGCUCCAGAUUUCCACGGUGUUCACAGUGGCUGCAUCACCAACCUGAAGAAGUACACCACUUACUACACAUCAGUCCUGUGCUUCACCACCCCUGGCGACGGGCCGCGCAGCGCACCGCAGCUCCUGCGCACGCUGGAAGACAAGCCGGGAGCUGUGGGACACCUGAGUUUCACUGAGAUUCUGGACACGUCUCUCAAGGUCAGCUGGCAAGAACCUGUAGAGAAAAAUGGCAUCAUUACAGGCUACCAGCUCUCCUGGGAGGUGUAUGGCAGGAACGAAUCCCGGCUCACCCGCACGCUCACCAACACAACUCUGGAGUACAAGAUCACAGGGCUGUCAUCUCUCACCACGUACACCAUCGAGGUGGCAGCUGUGACUGCGAAAGGGAGCGGGUGGGUCACGUCCUCCACCAUCUCAUCUGGGGUGCCUCCAGAACUUCCAGGCGCUCCGUCCAACCUGGUGAUCUCCAACAUCAGCCCUCGCUCUGCCACGCUUCAGUUCCGUCCAGGGUAUGAUGGCAAGACGUCCAUCUGCAAGUGGAUAGUGGAAGGCCAGGUGGGAGUACUGGGUGAUGAAGAGGAGUGGGUGAGUCUCCACGAGGUGGACAAUGAACCUGAUGCUCAGAUGCUGGAGGUACCAAACCUUACUCCUUACACUCAUUACAGGUUCCGGAUGCGGCAGGUGAACGUGGUGGGUGCCAGCCCACUGAGCCAGCCCUCACGUGUCAUCCAGACCCUGCAAGCUCCUCCAGACGUGGCCCCCAGCAGCGUGAGCGUGCGCACGGCCAGUGAGAGCAGCCUGUGGAUGCGCUGGGUGCCCCUGCCCGACACGCAGUACAAUGGCAACCCAGAGUCGGUGGGGUACCGCAUCAAGUUCUGGCGCGUGGAUCUGCAGCCUUCUGCCCUGCUGAAGGUCAUCAACGACCGGCUGGAAAGGGAGUGCACCAUCGAGGACCUGGAGGAGUGGACGGAGUACGAGCUGCAGAUCCAGGCCUUCAACGCCAUUGGGGCAGGACCAUGGAGCGAAGUGGUGCGAGGUCGGACGCGGGAAUCCGUUCCCUCUGCUCCUCCUGAGAACGUGUCUGCUGAAGCCGUGAGCUCAACCCAGAUCCUUCUGACGUGGUCUGCAGUCCCCGAGUCAGAGCAAAAUGGUCUCAUCCUGGGUUACAAGAUACUUUACAAAGCAAAAGAUUUAGACUCUGAACCAAGGAGCCAAACAGUAAGAGGUAACCACACGCAGUCCUGCCUGCUGUCCGGCUUGCGCAAGUAUGUGCUCUAUGAGAUCCGGGUGUUGGCGUUCACUCGCAUUGGGGAUGGAGUCCCCAGCUCUCCUGCUGUUAUAGAAAGAACCAAGGAUGAUGCCCCUGGGCCACCCGUCAGGCUGGUGUUCCCCGAAGUGAGGCUGACAUCAGUGCGCAUCGUCUGGCAGCCACCAGAGGAGCCCAACGGCAUCAUCCUGGGCUAUCAGAUUGCAUAUCGGCUGGCCAGCAGCAGCCCCAACAAGUUCACAACGGUGGAGGUGGGCUCAACAGUCCGGCAGUUCACUGCUACAGACCUCACCCCCGAGUCAGCGUACAUCUUCCGGACAUCUGCCAAGACCCGGCAGGGCUGGGGAGAGCCUCUGGAAGCCACGGUGAUCACGACAGAGAAAAGAGAGCGCCCGGCCCCCCCCCAGCAGCUGACCACCCCCCAGUCCGACGUGUCAUCGCGGAGCCUGCGGUUGCAUUGGGUCCCUGGAAGUGAUGGAUCGUCACCCAUACGAUAUUUUACAGUCCAAGUGCGAGAGCUGCCCGAUGGAGACUGGCAAACCUACUCCUCUUCCAUCAGCCACGAGGCAACGUCCUGCAUUAUUGAGAGCUUGAACCCAUUCACCUCUUACAAGCUGCGUGUGAAAGCGACCAACGACAUCGGGGACAGCGACUUCAGUGCCGAGACGGAGGCGGUGACAACGCUGCAGGAUGUUCCUGAUGAGCCUCCCGGUUCUGUGCUGGUCACUCCCCACACCACUUCAUCUGUCCUUGUGCAGUGGCAGCCACCCAAAGCAGAGAGUCUGAACGGGCUGCUGUUGGGAUACCGGAUCUACUACAGGGAGCUGGAUUACGAUGCCGGGUCUGCCACCGAAUCCAAAGCUGUCAGGAACCCCUCAGCUUUAAGAGCUGAGCUCACACCCCAAAGCAGCUUCAAGACAGUGAACAGCAGCUCUGCAUUAACGACGUAUGAAUUAACACAGUUGAAGAAAUACAAGAGAUAUGAAGUGUUAAUGACAGCAUAUAAUGUCAUUGGUGAGAGCCCUACCAGCACGCCAGUGGAAGUGUUUGUGGGUGAAGCAGCACCAGCAAUGGCCCCACAGAACAUCCAAGUAAACUCCCUUUCUGCAAGCCAGCUGGAGCUCACCUGGGACCCACCUCCUGCCGACAGCCAAAAUGGGAACAUACAAGGCUACAAGAUUUAUUAUUGGGAGAGUGACGUCCAGAAUGACACAGAGAAAGUGAAGGUCCUUUUCCUCCCUGAGACAACAGUCCGCCUCAAAAACCUGACCAGCCACACGCGAUACCUGGUCUGCAUCUCUGCCUUCAAUGCAGCAGGGGACGGCCCCCGGAGCAGACCCUCAGCAGGCAGGACACACCAGGCUGCACCCAGUGCUCCCAGCUUCUUGGCGUUCUCUGAAAUCACUUCCACGACACUCAAUGUGUCUUGGGGCGAGCCGACAGCAGCAAAUGGAGUCCUGCAGGGUUAUCGAGUAGUCUACGAGCCUUUGGCUCCCGUCCAGGGGGUCAGUAAAGUGGUGACUGUGGACAUUAAAGGGAACUGGCAACGCUGGCUAAAGGUCCGAGAUCUUACCAAGGGCAUGACCUAUUUAUUCAGAGUGCAAGCCCGAACCAUUGCCUAUGGACCUGAACUGCAAGCCAACGUCACAGCUGGGCCAGCAGAAGGGUCUCCCGGCUCCCCUCAGGAAAUUCUAGUGACAAAAUCUGCUUCUGGGCUGACGGUACAAUGGACUGAGGGGGAUUCUGGAGAAAAACCCACAACCGGGUACAUUAUAGAGGCACGGCCCUCAGAUGAAGGACUGUGGGACAUGUUUGUGAAGGACAUUCCUCGCAGCGCUACCUCCUACACCGUCAGCCUGGACAAACUCAAACAGGGUGUGACGUACGAAUUUCGGGUGGUGGCUGUCAAUGAAUUUGGCUACGGAGAGCCAAGUGUUCCCUCUGUGGCAGUAUCAGCACAAACAGAAGCCCCUUUCUAUGAGGAGUGGUGGUUUCUCCUGGUGAUGGCUCUCUCAAGUCUGAUCCUGAUCCUGUUGGUGGUAUUUGCUUUGGUCCUGCAUGGCCAGAGCAAGAAGUACAAGAACUGCAGCACAGGUAAGACCAUCUCCAAUGUGGAAGAGUCAGUCACCUUGGAUAAUGGAGGCUUCACUGCUCUGGAGCUCAAUAGCAGACACCUAAACAUCAAGAGCACAUUCUCAAAGAAAAAUGGAACCAGGUCUCCUCCUCGCCCAAGCCCAGGGGGGCUGCACUACUCUGAUGAGGAUAUCUGCAACAAGUACAAUGGAGCUGUGCUGACCGAGGGCUUGGGACUUAACGAGAAGCCCUUAGAAAUGUCGGAGUCAGAGGCCACCGACUCAGAUUACGAAGACGAGCUGCCAAAGCAUUCCUUUGUGAACCAUUACAUGAGCGAUCCCACGUACUACAACUCCUGGAAGCGGCAGCAGAAAGGGGUGAAGCACCCAACAUCCUACAGAUACGAGGAGUGCUCCGCCAGCGAGACAGAACCCUAUUUCCAGACUGUCAUCACGACACAGAGCUCAGGAGGGGUGUACACCCCAACGGGACAGCCUGCACCCGGCUCCCGGACUCCAGUGACAGGCUUCUCCUCCUUUGUCUGACACGGGGUGGGAGGGAAGAGCCCGGCCGCGAUGCCGGCACUGCUCGGGGUCAGACAGCAGUGACCAGCGGCGAACUGUGGGUAGCUUCUCUAUCAGGGUAGAGCGGAUGGGAACACGGAUGAGGCUGAUCUGGUUUUGUUCUUUAUUUGUCUUUUUUUUUUCUUUUCAGUUUGUUUUGGGUUUGGGUUUUUUUGUUUUGUUUCGUUUCGUUUUGGUGGUUUUUUUUUUUCCUGAAGACAAUCAAUUCUCAAAUCACGGAGCUGAACUAGCCGAACCUUUGCUUAAAAAAAAAAAUAAGGGGGGAGGGAAAGGAAUUCUGAAAAGCGAUGAUUUUAAACCACUUGUGAAUAGUUGGGGUUUUUUAACCACUUUUUUGUAACACUGCUUCAGGAAGCAGCUCCUGUGCCCUCUCUUCCCUCUUUCUUUCUCUCCCCUCUUCCUAUCCCCCCCCCCCCCAUUUCCAAACAAGGAGGUGAAUUCCCCAGAUGCAAUGAGAGACUUUGUGAUGUGAUUCGAAGAGAAAACAUAAAACCUCCCAGGCUCCCUUUUUUUUCUUUUUCAUUUCCUUCUGCCAUCAGGGUCAAGAAGUUAAAAACAAGAAGGGACAAACUUUUACAUGAAAAGCAGACACCUCCUUUCUCCUCUCCUCCUCAUUGCUCCCCAUGUUAGGAGCACUGGCUGAUUCACUUAGGCUCAGAUGUGUCACUGUGGCUGCUCUCAGCUCACUACUGGAGUUCAUUUGCUGAAUUGCUGACCUGCUUUCCCUUCUUUUUCAAAUGGACCUGCUGGAAUCUUUAAAUAUUCCAACUCCAGGGCCUCUAGAAGAGCAGAUGUAUCAAAAGAGCUCUGUAGGCAGCAGUGGGUGAGACAAAUGGGAAGAAUUUGGAUGCAAGGUCAGUUUAUUUUUGGUGUGGCUCUAAUUCUCCCUUGUGGACUGCAUGUGCCGUUUGAGUUGUUCGUUUUCAAAAGUCAAAGGACAAAAUCCAGAAAGCCAGAGGAAUCUUUCAGUUAAUUGCAGUGACAAGCGAGAGAGUCUGCUAAUUGAUGAGGGUUUUGAUCAUGAAAGUUACCCUGCCCUGUCAGUAGAAACAGAGCAUUCUUUCUUGCCCAGACUCUGCAGUGAUGCUUACUGGUCUGUAAAAAAAUAAGUGGUACUUGGGUUUGUUUGAUUUUAUUUUUUUAGUACAAAGACACGUCACAUGGAUUGGGUGAGUUCUGGUGUCCACAGGUGCCUUUUAUUGAUUCUUCACCUUCAUAUCUAGGAGAAGCAACAAAGUGUCUCCAAAUAAAGCUAAUCAGGUUUUCAAGCGUUAGGGCUGUGAAUUAUCUUGUGCACAUUUAUCGGCUGCUUUGUGUGCUUGAAGCUACAGCCUUUGAAAAGGAGAGAGGACUUUUUGUUUAUUUUCCAUCCUUUUGUACAGCUCCCCUUUUGUUUUCUUUGUUUCUACCUUUUUCCUGACUCUGUUUAGCAGCACGUUGUUUGCUCACAAGGAAACUGUCAGGGCUUUAAAGGAACUGAGUGCAGCCCUUGGAUCUAGCAGCAUUCCUGGAUCACUGCACUUUUUACCACAAGUAUGAAAGGUAAAUUUGAAAGGAGACACAACCUCGCCACUCCAGCACCUGGCAUUCCCUUCCAGGUGGAUGUAGGUCAGCCAGGAGAACUGGCAUCCUGCUGCUUGCUAAUGUCUCACCAGGGCACGUGUGGGCACUGUUCCCAUUGCAAAUUGUCCCUGGAGAGAGGAAAAUUGUCCUCUCUAGGGAGAUGCAGGACAGCGAUGGCACUGGAUGACAAUGUCUUAAAGGCAGGUUGUUGAAACCAACUUAAUGUUGAUGACACAGCCUGCCUGUCCGUGCUCUUAGGGCUGGUUAGAAGCUGCUUGGUUUCAUCUCACCUGAACAGGUGAGGUCCCAGCAGUCACCUUUCUGUGCCUCUCAGGCAGGGCAAACCAGCUUAGAACUGCCUGUGCUCUUUGGCACUGCCUCUGAGCCCUGCUGCUCUUGGUGCAUACAGAUUCUGGAUAGCACUGACACUGGAUUGUUGUUCUUCUCCAAAGGCUCCAGAAAGAAAGAAUUCAAAACCAAAAACCCCCUCGGAUGUGUUCAGGGGCUUUUGAGUUUGGAGUAAUGAUUCGUGGAUCAUUAAAUCACAAGGGACUUCUAAAGGUUACUUAAGCCAAAACCCUGUGAGCCAUCCUCCUCUCCAGAUCUGGGUAGGACAUGUGUGGGAUAGAGGAGAGGCUCUAAAGCAGGUUACUUGAGCUGAUGGUGAAGAGGAAUGCAAAACAAACAGGAAAAACCACUGCCUUCUCUGCACUUUGACUGUUCUCUUAAGCCAUACGGACUUUGCUUUAAUUACGGAACUGACAACGAAUUGUUUGCAGUCUGCAUUUUUUGGUUUCUUAGGCAAAUUUACCUGUGUGACUUUCCAUUUAGUUUUCUUUUUCCAUGCAUCAGAUUACUUAUUUUAAACCUCUUAUUAUACAUACAUGGGACACAAAGGUGCUAUUGCUGUUGGGGUGCUAAAUGGGCUCAUCCAAUGGCUCAGAGAGGCAGUGCUAUGGGAGUCUUUCAAGGACCACUGAGGGACUCGUGGAUACAGUUUAGAACAAGAUAGAUCACGUAUUGAAGAUCUUGCUCCAAAGGACAGCGUGGGGUGAGUAGCAUCAUAUCUCCUGAAUACUGCUGGAUCUAAACUGCUGUAAGGUGCAAUUAUUCCCUGGGACUGUUCCGAUACCACAUUGAGUAAAAAGGCAAGAAAACCACGGGGAAUGAAGAAAAUGGAAUCUGUGGUCACAGUUGCACCGAAGGAAGACAUGGGGAGCAGCACAAUCUGUAUAAAGCAAGAAGAAAUGAUCCCUUUUUUCUCAGUGCCAUCUGCAACUGAAAUGCUCGAGCUCUCUGGGGUCCUGCCGCGUUGGCUGCACAGCCCUUUUCUUCUGACUGCCACCAAAAUGAAAGGUUAGGAGUGAUGCCUGGAGGUCCUGCUGAUCUGAGCAAAACCAUCUCUGUUCCAUUCCAGAUCAUUAUUACUCUCGAUGUUGUUUUGUUUAGCAGUUGGCUUUUCUUACUUACAGGUUUAUUUUAUUUAGGCUUUUGCUCAGUGUGGACAUGCACUGCCCUGCUCACUCCUAAAAUGAGAACAGGAUAUGAGUUCUCCUGCCCAGUUCACUUAUAGCUACAUGCAUGAUGCCUGUGCCUUCUUGUUCACAUGCUGUAUUGCAAAAUGUGACAAAUAGGUAGGUUUUAUUUACUUCUGAUACCAGGUAAAUUGUUCCAUCUAGAAGGAAACACUCCAUCAGUUAGCAAGAAAGCUCUCUCUUAUAGCUGUAAUCUUUGGGAAUUACAGCUUUGAAAUACGACUUUUAAACAUUAGCUGUCAUUUUACAAUAACUUCACCCAUCAAAUCCACUUCUGUUUCCUUCUUCUUGUUUAGAACCAUCUUGAAAAAUGAAGACUUAUAUGUAAAACUCCUUGUUAGGGCAUUUUAUUUGUAUUUAUUUAUUUUCUCUGCCUUGUUUCUCAGGUCUCCGGGUGACUGUUAUUAAAAAAUAAAAGCAACGUUAUGAAAUGACCGAGGGAGACGUUUCAGGGAACAGCUUAACAGGAGCUCAUUUUUCAUGUGGUAGCCAUGGGAAUAUCCCAUUUCAUGCAGAAGAGUGCCAUGUCACACACGGUGUGUCCCCCAGCACAGGUUGCUCCCUCAAGUGGAAUAUUUUCCAUUCCCACCUCUUAAUCUCAAUGUGGUGCAUGGCUGGUGCUGCUGGGUGAGAAGGGACAGGAGAGGGCACUCUUCUGCUUCCAUUGGGGACAGCCUCUUCUUCCCCACCCUGGGAGUCAGCAGCUGGAAAUUCCCUGGUGGGGAGAAAUGAGAUCGUGUUGGUCAAAGGCUUUCAGAGGCAACUGCUGAAGGAAACACCCUGUGCCAAGUGAUCCCAAUAUUGGAGGCAGUUAGCACUAAAAAAGGGGAGGGAAAAAGAGAGAGAGAAAAAAACAAAACAAAACUAAUCCAUUAACCCCAAAGUAAUUUUUUUCCUCCUCAUCUGGAGUGCUAAAACCAGUGAUGCUUUGCAGAUGGACUGAGAUCUCGUUUCUUCUGCUUAUAUCCAAGCCUCUGCCAGAAGGUGCUGUAGCAAUAUUUUAGAAUAAAUAUCCAGGUCUGUCUUGAAGGGGGGAUACAUUUAUUAUCUUUGUCAUUGCUCUCCUCAAGAAAUACAUCGGGUCAUCCAAAGAUUAUCCAAUCUGCUCUCCGGAAAGGGAGGAUAGAAAGCAGUUCAUGCAGACAGAGCACCGGUGUCUUCUCCCACUUGCAGUUUUCAGACUAAACAGGGCAAUCCUUUUAGAGAAAGAAUUUGUCAGGGAAUUUUAAAAUAAAAGAACGAUGACUUUUGGCAGGGCCGCUAUAAAUCAGCCAUCCUAGAAACCUGAGACAUAAGAGAGAACACGAUCCCAAAACAUCCCAUCUUUGGCAGUUUCCUUUAUCAGUAGUAGCCGAAAGGGCACAUGCAAUGAGGGAUUCUAUUUGGAGAGCAAAAGCCAUCACAGAACCACUGCUAGACAGGCAAGUUGUAUUGCAGACCAUGUCGUUCCAUCUGGAGUUCCUGCUAUUGCUUAGAUCAGCGUGGGUGGAGUCCAUGCAGCAUCAUGGCAUUAGGAGAGGUUUGUUGCUGUUGAGCUUACACAGAGGCUGCACGCAUGACAACGUGGUUGUACAGUAUGCUCUGAACCCUUAGGGAAAGCCACUCUUCAAUUAGGAGCACACAAACCCCAAAACUGAACAUGUUGGAUUGGGGUUGAGCCUCUAAUGGCUCUACCUGACAAAUCCCUUCAUUUCUUCAUAUUUUUUGUAUUCCUUUUCUUCCCCCUGCAUCUCAGACCCAGCCCUCCCAGGCAAAGUUGGCUUGCACUUUGUGAAGGUGUGAAGCUUGCCACCCACUGUAGUAGAGCCAGCACUGAUAAGCACACGUGUGACACAUGGGACAGGUGAGAUGUGUUUGAACAAGAGGUGAGAUUCCUUUGUGAUUUGAGAUUCAGGCGUUGACUCAGAACUUUUAUCUUCUCAAAGCUGCCACCUGCCCUUUUUAAAUGGCCUUGGAGCCUCAAGACUUGACAGGAAAAUCAUUAUUUCUGUUGAUUACUGUUUGAUCACUGUGCACUCUCCUGGGGCUUGAAUCACUGGAUAUAGAGACUGGCACAGGGUCACAGAGCUUUAUAUCAAAGUGUUUUCCCAUCGAUGUCCAAUUCUUUCCAUCUGGAAGGGACACCUUUCUGCUUGUCAGCAGACGUGGUGAUGUCCUGCAGGUGGGACCUGGGAUGUGGCAUCCACGCUCCCCGGUGGUGAUGCUGAGCCCAUGGCAGGUUGCUUUGCCACUCUUGGGAUGGGAUCCGUCCUCUGACCUGGUUCCUGCUGUCAGCUCAGGGGUAGGACCACCUUACACAGCUGUUUCGGAGUUACCCUUUAGUGUAGUGUGGUUAUCGGGUCAAUUGCUUUCACUUCAGUGUCUCCUUGGGGAUUUGCCCUGGAUUUCCGUUCCACGCCUCUCGUUAAGCCUCACCUUCACCACUCCACUAUUUUAUAUGAGAAAGUUACUUCUUCUUUUGCAAAACUGCUUCUAAUUAAAAGAACCCUUUUGGAA